AUGGAUCACCUGACUGCGCUCUUCCAGGAGAUGUGGCGUCAAGGUAAAGUCCCGCAAGAUUUCAGGGACGCAACCAUCGUGCAUCUCUACAAGCGAAAAGGGAAUCGCCAAGUCUGCGACAACCACCGCGGCAUCUCCCUACUGAACAUCGCCGGGAAGAUCCUCCCUCGCAUCCUUCUCAACCGCCUCAACAACCAUCUGGAACAGGGCCUUCUGCCGGAAAGCCAGUGCGGCUUUCGUCGUCAUCGUGGGACCACGGAUAUGAUCUUCGCAGCCCGCCAACUUCAGGAGAAGUGCCGGAAGAUACGGACCCACCUGUACUCUACCUUCGUGGACCUGACGAAAGCCUUCGACACGGUGAAUCGUGAAGGACUAUGGAAGAUCAUGCAGAAAUUCGGCUGUCCGGAGCGAUUCACUCAGAUGGUGCGUAAGCUGCACGACGGUAUGAUGGCGCGAGUUACGGACAACAGAACUGUCUCAGAGGCAUUCGCAGUGACCAACGGAGUGAAGCAGGGCUGUGUGCUGGCGCCUACCCUCUUCAGUCUUAUGUUCUCUGCCAUGCUGAUGGACGCCUACCGCGACGAACGCCCUGGAAUCCGCAUCGCCUACAGAACGGACGGUCAUCUCCUGAAUCAACGGCGCAUGAACUUCCAAUCGCGUGUAUCCACAGCCACCGUGCACGAACUCCUCUUCGCCGACGACUGCGCCCUGAACACCACCUCGGAAGAGGAGAUGCGACGGAGCAUGGACCUAUUCUCCGCCGCCUGCGAGAACUUCGGUCUGGUCAUUAACACGCAGAAGACGGUGGUGAUGCACCAACCGCCGCCCAACUCAACCACAGCCCCCCAACGCGCCGCCGCAAAUCAGCGUGAACGGAACCCAACUGCAAGUGGUGGAGAACUUCCCGUACCUGCUCAGUACCCUCUCCCGAAACACAUAAAUCGAUGGCGAAGUCGCUCGCAGGAUCUCGAAAGCCAGUCAAGCCUUCGGACGCCUCCGAAGCACAGUCUGGAAUCGCCACGGUCUCCAACUGAGCACAAAGCUGAAUAUGUACAAGGCCGUCAUCCUGCCGACGUUACUGUACGGAGCAGAGACAUGGACGGUGUACACGAGACAGGCACGCCGAAUGAACCACUUCCACCUCAGUUGUCUCCGUCGCAUCCUGAGGCUGAAUUGGCAGGAUCGAAUCCCCGACACGGAAGUACUGGAACGAACGGGAAUCCUCAGCAUCUACGCCAUACUGAGACAAAUGCAGCUGCGCUGGAGCGGCCACCUGGUGCGCAUGGACGACGAGCGACUACCCAAACGACUCUUCUACGGAGACGUCGCGACGGGUUCUCGUCGUUAAGGAGGCCAAAUUCGCCGUUACAAGGAUACUCUGAAGUCCUCCCUGAAGCGCCUGCAAAUCAACCCGACCAACUGGGAAGAGCUCGCCCGCGAUCGUCCGGCAUGGAGGAGAACAGUGAAGACGGGCGCUGCUAUCUACGAAGCCAACCGCAUCGCUGCCGCCAAAGUGAAACGCGAAGCCCGCAAAUCACAACUUCGCCCAUUCCGCAACGCCGCCGCACAACCUCCCCCUACGUGUCCUCGAUGUCAACGGACAUUCCGGGCACGAAUCGGACUUGUUGGACAUCUUCGAAUCAACUGUGCCUCUCGAACUGCUCCAGCCAUCGUCCCCCCGCCCGCCUCUUCCUCGUCCUCUCUACCACCAACUAA